CGCGGGAGCCGCCGCCGCCGCCGCCGCGCCCGCCAUGGACGUCCGCCUGUAUCCCUCGGCGCCCGCGGUAGGUGCGCGGCCCGGGGCCGAGCCGGCCGGCCUGGCACACCUGGAUUACUACCACUGCGGCAAGUUUGAUGGUGACAGUGCCUAUGUGGGGAUGAGUGACGGAAAUCCAGAGCUCCUGUCAACCAGCCAGACCUAUAACAGCCAAGGGGAGAGUAACGAAGACUAUGAGAUUCCUCCUAUAACACCUCCCAAUCUCCCUGAGUCAUCCCUCUUGCAUUUGGGGGACCACGAAGCCAGCUACCACUCGCUGUGUCACGGCCUUGCGCCCAACGGUCUGCUCCCUGCCUACUCGUACCAGGCGAUGGAUCUCCCGGCCAUCAUGGUGUCCAACAUGCUGGCCCAGGAUGGCCACCUGCUGUCAGGCCAGCUGCCCACGAUCCAGGAAAUGGUCCACUCGGAGGUAGCUGCCUAUGACUCAGGCCGGCCAGGGCCGCUGCUGGGCCGCCCGGCAAUGCUGGCCAGCCACAUGAGUGCCCUCAGCCAAUCCCAGCUCAUCUCCCAGAUGGGCAUCCGGAGUGGCAUUGCCCACAGCUCCCCAUCACCUCCAGGGAGCAAGUCAGCCACCCCCUCUCCAUCCAGUUCUACGCAGGAGGAAGAGUCAGAUGCCCAUUUCAAGAUGUCGGGAGAGAAGAGACCCUCAGCAGACCCAGGCAAAAAGGCCAAGAAUCCAAAGAAGAAGAAGAAGAAGGACCCCAAUGAGCCACAGAAGCCAGUGUCAGCGUACGCUCUCUUCUUCAGAGACACUCAGGCUGCCAUUAAAGGGCAGAAUCCCAGUGCCACCUUUGGGGAUGUGUCCAAAAUAGUGGCCUCCAUGUGGGACAGCCUGGGAGAAGAGCAGAAACAGGCGUAUAAGAGGAAGACCGAAGCUGCCAAGAAGGAGUACCUGAAAGCCUUGGCGGCCUACAGGGCUAGCCUCGUGUCCAAGAGCCCCCCAGACCAAGGCGAGGCCAAGAACACUCAGGCAAACACACCAGCCAAAAUGCUCCCACCCAAGCAGCCCAUGUACGCCAUGCCCGGCCUGGCUUCCUUCCUGACACCCUCCGACCUGCAGGCCUUUCGCAGUGGAGCCUCUCCCGCCAGCCUUGCCCGGACCCUGGGCUCCAAGGCCCUGCUGCCAGGGCUCAGCACCUCCCCCCCACCCCCCUCCUUCCCUCUCAGCCCCUCACUGCACCAGCAGCUGCCCCUGCCCCCCCACGCGCAGGGCACCCUCCUCAGCCCGCCUCUCAGCAUGUCCCCAGCCCCGCAGCCUCCUGUCCUGCCUGCUCCCAUGGCACUCCAGGUGCAGCUGGCGAUGAGCCCCUCACCUCCAGGGCCACAGGACUUCCCACACAUCUCUGACUUCCCCAGUGGCUCUGGCUCCCGCUCACCUGGCCCAUCCAACCCUUCCAGCAGUGGAGACUGGGAUGGCAGUUACCCCAGUGGGGAACGCGGCCUUGGCACCUGCAGCCUGCUCCCCAGGGAUAAAUCGCUCUACCUCACCUAAUCCCGCCUCCCCUCCCUCCCUGAGGCUCUCCGGAGGGCACUGCUCCGAGCAGGAAGGGCUGACCACAGGAAAGAGGCCAUGGCAGCAGGCAGGGUGACCGGCCAGCGAGAGCAGUGACACACCUAUGCCCCAGAGCUGAGUCUCUCCCUCGACCUCCCACCAGACUCUGCAGAGGCAGCCCACCGCCCACCACCAGCCCAAAGAACCUGCAGGAACCUUCUGCCCGCUGACCUGCUUGCUCCAGGGUAGCUGUGGACCCCGCUCCUUGGCCUGCACACAGUCCCCUGCGUCUGGACUUCUGGCCCCAGCCCAAGCUCACCGGGCUGCCCCCUUCGAGGUUGCUUAGCAACAGACACCCACCCCCUGAUGCUGGGCCAGCCACAGGUGUGCUCUCAGUGUACACAAAGAUGCUGAAACUCAUGCUGUGGGUUCCGUGUAAGUAGUUCACUGUUUUAGAACUGUGCUGAAGACAUCUGUAAGAUUAUUUUGUGGGGAGAAAGAAAGUUUCCUUUAAGGUUAAAAAUUUUUUUAUAAGACCUUUGGCACAUUUUUUUUUUAAGUUUUAUCUUAAGGGAGACAUGUGCACAAGCAACUGUCAAACUGAUUCUACUCUGCACACAGAGAAUGGGGAGUUUUAAGCCACACACAGGAGCAUUCUUCUUCCUCUUCUUCCUCCUCCUCCUCUUCUUCCUCUUCUUCCUUUUUCCCUUCUUCCUUUUUCCCCUUCUUCCUCUUCAUCUUCCUCUUUUCCC